AAAUAAAAUAAAGUACGAAUGCAAAGCAGCAGCCUUAUACUAUGCUCAGGAGUUGUUCACCUCCAUUGCUCUUGCUGAGGAUGCUGUCAUCAUCAACUCAUGCCUUAAACCCUAACCCUACAUUUCUAACUCCUAUGAAAUCAACCACCCAAACCAUUAGUUCAUCGCAAAAUCAUAAUCACCCUCUACUCUUCUCUAAUAACGCUAAGGUCUCUCUUUCAAAUUCACACAAAUUACCUCAAAACAUGACAGUCUCCAGCUGCUUCUCUGGGUCUGUUAGCACAGACCAACUUAGCAUUUCGGGCGCACCCGGAUCCAAUAACUCGAACCCAGAAUCAACUCUUGUAGUGGUUUCUUUCUACAAAUUCGCUGAUUUUCCUGACUAUGCUGACAUGAGAAAGCCCUUAAAAGAGCUUUGUGAAGAAUUGCGUGUUUCAGGUGGGAUCAUUCUUGCACCAGAGGGAAUUAAUGGCAGUAUCUGUGGGACUUGGGAAUCAGUGGAGAAUGUUCUUGGAUUCAUCCAAAGUGAUGACAGGCUAAAGGGGUUAAGACAAGUGGAGUCACCUGUUAGUCCCGAGGAGGAAGCUAUCCAUCAUGGACACACAAGUGGUUCUCCUCUUGCUGCAGGGGAAGAUGCACCCUUCCGCUGGGAUCAUGUGAGGGUCAAGUUGAAAAAAGAGAUUGUUACUCUUGGAAUGCCCUCAAUCUCACCUAAUGAAAGGGUUGGGAAGUAUGUGAAGCCAAGGGACUGGAAUGCAUUGAUUAGUGAUCCAGAUACAGUGGUAGUUGAUGUGCGAAAUAACUAUGAAACUAGAAUUGGGAAGUUCAAAGGAGCUGUUGAUCCUUGUACCACAGCAUUUCGUGAAUUUCCAUCUUGGGUGGAUGAUGAGCUCCAACAUUCAGAAACUGAUGAGGUGAACUGUUCUGGUGGAAGCACUGAUAAAGAAACGAAGAGCCCAAACAAGAAAAUGCCUCAGAAAGUUGCAAUGUACUGCACAGGAGGAAUUCGAUGUGAAAAGGCUUCGAGUUUUCUCCUUUGCAAAGGUUUCAAAGAGGUUUAUCAUUUGGAGGGUGGGAUUCUGAAAUACCUUGAGGAAAUUCCAAAGUCAGAGAGCUUGUGGGAGGGUGAGUGCUUUGUUUUCGACAAACGGGUCUCAGUGGAGCAUGGUUUGGAACAGGGAACUUUCAAGCUUUGCUAUGGAUGUAAGCAACCAGUUAGUGAUGCUGACAUGGAAGCACCGGAGUGGGAAUAUGGAGUUUCUUGUCCCUAUUGUCAUUCAUCAAAAUCUGAAGAAGAGAAGGAGAGGGCAAGAGCUCGGCAAAGGCAGUUUGAAACUUGGGGCGUUAUUGGGGGUCCUGAUAAGGGUCGCCGACCCACCUUUAAACCAGAUAGUAACAACAGUGAUGCUAAACAGCAGCUUUCAAGUACAUUUUAGCUAGUGUGGAAGACGAGAUAUAACAUGGAUGGUUUCGAUGGAACUUGCUUCCAAUGGUUUCUAUAUUUUCUCCUCUUGCUGUGGAUUGUCUCUCUUCCCCUUCAAAAGCACGUUGUUUGUCCAUUUCACCAUGAAUAAAUGGCUUUG